AGUUUCGACGACUUUCCGCCCCCUGUUCAAUUCAAGAUUUAUGGCUUCAAUUUACGAGAUAUCGACCUAUAUGGUAAUUACUUCGUUAUUCUUCCUGAACUUCCGCCAACAGUUCAUUCAUUGCGAUUGUCUGUUAGUGGUGACGAGAACCCCUUCGAACUUGUUCGGAGUCUACAGGCUCAACCCUAUUUGAAGAGUAUUAAUCUUCAGUUAGCGAUUCGUGAAGCCAGCAUUUCCGCGAUCGACAAUGCAAACACGCUUCUCAGCACGAUUCUACCGUAUAUUGGCAGUAAGAUCACUAUUCUCACGGUGGCGACACCACGUCUGUUCGACGAUUCACUACGUCUAAUCACAGAAUGCACACCGAAUUUGACGCAUCUGGCUCUGGACGUGAACCACCUGAGCACCCAUAUACUACAACGUUACUUCUCAGGUGGCGCCAAAUCUCAAGGUUCUCGUUUACGAUCGUUGAAGAUAUGCCGCAUGAGAAUCACGUACCGAGUCUUGUUCGCUAUUGCCCGCGGGGCGCGAAAUCUCAUUGACCUCGAAACAUCACAAAUGCUGUCAGUCGACGAUCGAUUUCUUGCGAUUCUCGGGGAGAAUUGCCGACAGUUGAGGUGUAUAAAUCUGAAUGGAUGUAGAUGGGUGAGCGACAAAGGCAUGGCGGCUCUGGCAAGACGUUGUCCACUGCGAGAGGUUCGUAUCCGUGGUACAGCCUGUACCGACAAAUCUAUUUACACGCUUGCUCAGUUCUGUCCCGAUCUCGAGUGGAUCUCUUAUGCUGACUACUCAGGUCGACCAAAGUUCACCGACAAAGCGCUUCAAUUUCUCAGGGAUUCAUGUAUUCAGAAAGUCAUCUGCUAG